AAUGAGAGUAUUAUAUUUGUUCUUAAUUAGCGUAUUUCUGGUUUGUGUUUACGCACAACGAGGAAGAAUUGUUGGUGGUGAUGACGCUGAAAUUGAAAAUUAUCCAUAUCAAAUUUCUUUGCAAUUAAAAGGACAACAUUUUUGUGGAGGUUCAAUUUAUAAACCUAAUGUUAUUAUAACAGCAGCUCAUUGUGUUGUUGGACGAGAAGCAAAAGAUUUAAACAUUAGAGCUGGUUCGAAAAAUAGAGAAAGUGGUGGUGUUGUAAUUAAAGUUAAAGAAAUAAUUUCUGCAGAGGAAUGGAAUGAACAAACAAUUGAUAAUGAUAUUGCAAUAAUAGUAUUAGCAGAAAAUCUUCAGUAUUCAAAUAAAAUUCAACCAAUUGAAUUAGCAAAAGAAGAACCAAAGGCAGGAAAAUUGGCAAAGAUUUCAGGAUGGGGCUUACUAAAAGAAGGUGGUAGAGAAUCACCAUUAAUAUUAAAAGCAAUUACAAUUGCAAUAUGGGACAGGAACGAUUGCAAUAUAUUAGUUGGAGAACGGUUGACAAAAAAUAUGAUUUGUGCCGGUAUUAAAGAAGGUGGUCAAGGACCUUGCCAAAUGGAUUCUGGUGGACCAGUAGUUGUCGAUGGUAAAUUGGUUGGAGUUGUCUCAUGGGCUAUAGGAUGUGCUAGACCUAAUAUGCCAUCUGUUUUCGCAAACGUUCCAAGAUAUAUAGGUUGGAUUUCGUCAAAGUUAUCUUAAUAAUAAAAAUGGUUGUAUAUAAUUUUUUAAUAAUAAGAAAGUGG